CCAUCUCUCCAUCAUCCUACAUGUAAGGUAACUAUGUACGGGAGUCCACCCACUCAUAACCCGUUGAAUUCUAUGCGCAUCGCCGGCUGCAUGUAGCAUCAUCCUUGCUUCCUUCUCAUCGCAUAGGCUGGCCUUAUAGUAAUAUCAUUCGUUCCUUUUCAUUUGACGUCGCAUUCGAUCCUCUGCUGCCAUCGGCAUCGUUUCAUGCAAGGAGACAUGCCCUCGUAUUUAAACCAUGUCGCUACUCCAGGACGAAGACUUCGUCCUAUAUCAGCUACGGACGUCAUAUCUAGCCAAUAUCAAAGACGGCGUUGGGGAGCGUCUCAUUAACGUCAACACAUCGGUCCUGAACAACCCGGCUUAUCGAGCGGCUGGUUGGACGCUGAACCAAUCCGAUAUCAAGCGGACCUACUCCCCUCCGAUCCCAACCGCUAUUACCGCCGAUUAUUUCCAGGCGCCGCGCUCCGCAGGCGUUGGCGGAAAGGAGCUAGAGGAUGACGAUGAGGGCGGGAUGAUCACUGGCGGCGCUGCCAGCGGCGAAACAGUUGGCCCUGGACUGAAUACCAAACGGAGACGUCGGAGAGAGCAGAUCGAAGAGGAGGAUAGCAGCGACCUUAGCGAUGAAACCGACGAGGACGAGGACGGGUUUCAAAGAGCCGCACAACAAAUCAAGUUCAGCAAGAUGCCAGUCCGAAACCGUGCUGGCUCAUCCCCGAGUAUUCAAGAUGGGCCCGCGGUGCUUGUUACCUCCCCGUCCAGGCCUCCGGAUGGGAGAGGUCUACGACGAGGAUCACUAGGCCAGCUCGGCGCUCUCACGCGUCCGAGACGGGACACAACCACAAGCAGUGAUAUGUCGUCCGACAAUGAGCUGGGCCCUCCGUUUGCGCAAAUCCAACAAGGCCCCCGAGCGAUGACCGCGAAAACGGCACUGUUCCUUUCGGAGAGCAUCCAGGAAGAACGACGCCCGAGCGACGUGGCUAUACAGGAUGUCGAUGUGGCGGAAGAUUCGGACAGCACUCUGUCGUCGGAAUUCGCGGGCUCGGCCGACUCCGGUUCGAUAUUAGGGCCCGAUGCAAACGACUCGAUUUCCCCCUUACAAAUGCGCCUGAACCCCAUCGUAUCUCCUUCGUUGAUGAACACAUCCCCGAAGAAAUCAAGGCAUCCGCCGCCCAUUUUACAGGCGCUUCCACCUCCACGCCCCAUAAGCAUGCUCCCUCCCGUCAGCGCGCUCACACAAGCGUUAGUUGCCAAGGAUAAGGGCUCAGAGAGUCCGUUCCAACGGUUUGCCUCUCUUUCGGGCAAAGGGGAUCCAAACCCAUUAUACAUCAAGAUUUACGCACCUUUCUCCAAACGGCCUACCAAGCCAUAUGAAGUUCUCAUGAUGAGGGCUAGCCACGAUGGGUCUCGAGUGUCUGUUGCAGAUGCCAUCGGACUGGCAUUGUGGAGAUUCGGAGAUGAAGCCAUCGAACCGCCCCUGAGCGGACUGCAAAUGAACGUCAAUGCAUGGACCCUUCGGAUGGUCGAGGACGAAGAAGUGGAUAUGGACUUUCCUGCCCUCGUCCGGACGCGACCAAUCUCUGAUUUUACGUCUAACAAUAAUCGGGCGCGUCUACGCUCACGAGAAAAACCUUGGGACGAGUUUGCACUCGUGGCAGCAGAUGAAGCCCAGUUCAAAGAUAACGAAGCGCAGACCCCUGAGUACAGCCGAGAGGCCGCAGCCGCGAAGGAAUCCCAAGACGUCGUCAAGCGCGAGGAAUCCUCUCCCGCCCUGCAACGGGCUCCUCCCGCAUCGUUCGCACCAAGCUCUAAUGUCAGCGCGUUUCGAAAUCCAAUUAUCGGGCCCGCCCACACCGCCGAAGGGUUCCGAAGAAAUGCGAAUCUUAUGGACACACCGGCCGCACCGGCGCCCCAAGCCACUCCACGGACCGGAGUCACGAAGUCGCUGGUCAUUCGAUUUACCGACGAUAGCUUCCUCACCCGCACCGUGACGAUCGAAACCACCACGGACACCUACCUCGCCGACGUCUUUGAUCAGGUGUGCAAAAAGUUCAAUGUCGACAAAGGGCUGUAUAUCCUCAAAGUCGGCGGGACCAGCACCGUCGCGCCCAACGAUCGGAUCGUCGAGGCGCUCGGCGAUCGAUCUGAACUAGACCUGACCAGACGGCGGUUCGUCGGCGAGGCAAGCUUUGGAUUAAGCGGGUCGCCGGGGAGCAGCACGCCCAAUGCGCCGCUCUUCAUAUCUCCCGGCGGAACGACCAAGAAGGGGAAGAAAGGCGCCCCGACAUUGCUCAAUCCGUUGGCGCAAAAGCACGACGCGUUGUUCAGCAUCGCGAAUUACAAGCGGUACAACGUCACCCGGAAGCAGCCGAUGUCGUUCUCCUCAUCAAGCGCGCGCAUCAUGGCGCUGGACGGCGAGUAUCUGCACCUCAUGCCGAGCGAGUCCGGGGCCGGCGGCACCAAGGCCCUCUUCGACGUCAACGCGAAGACCUCAGCGAUGCACUACAGCACCAUUGUCGGCUGCAAGGUGAGCCGGCGGCAUCCGCGGAUGUUCCGCGUCAUCAUCUACCGGGAGCGGGAGUCGAAGCGGUAUGAUUUCGAGGCGCAGAGCCGCGCUGAGGCGGUGGAGAUUGUGGAUGAGAUUAAGACGGGGGUGAGGAAGUUUCAGAACGAUCUGCUAUGAGGCAAUGUCGUUCGCGUUGGGAGUUGGUGGUGUAUGAUGGAUGUUUUGUUAUUGUGCACGGAGGGUUGUAUGGCGUCGCUGAUACCAUAGUCAGAUAUGGGGUGCAACAAUCGAAAUCACUGAGCCUAUAGCUCUGUCUCACGACUCU